AUGUUCGACACACACUCCCUCGCGUUGCCGGUUGCCAGCACGCUGCUCUUGCUGUGGCUGCUGGCGCACCUAGUGAACUCUUUCCGUUUCCACAAAAAGUACAACUUCCCCAAUCUGGUCCCAGGAGUACCUGUACUGGGAAACCUUUUAGACAUCCCCAAGGACAUCGCGGGACGGCGUCUCUAUCUUCACAAGCUCGCUCAGAAACACGGCGAAAUGUAUACGCUGAAAAUGGGCUCGAACUACUGGGUGUUCAUGAACUCGCAACGAGUCACCAACGAAAUAUUAGACAAACGCGGGGCAAAAUACAUCUCCAGAGAGAAGCUCCCGAUGCCAGGAGACGUCGCCUCGGGCGGGAAGCGCGUCGUCUUCAUGCCCUACGGCGACCUGUGGAAAUGGGAGCGGAAAGUGAUGCACGAUAUCAUCGGGCCGGGAAACCGCGACGUCUUCGCCCCCCUGCAGGACACCGAGUCCAGGGCGCUGCUCUACCAGUACCUCACCGAGCCGGACAGGCGGAACCACGCCAACGCUCGGUACGCCAGCUCGCUCAUCAUGAACCUGGUGUACGGGCGGAGGACCAAGCUAGGCGAUGCAAACGUCGACAGGAUCAUUGAGACCAACAAUGAGAUCAUGAAGAUGUUCGAGCCUGGUUCCAGCUGGAUCGAUUCGUUGCCAUUCCUGGCAUACAUCCCCCUCCCCAAGUCCAUCCAGCCGUGGAGGGUGGGGGGACAGCGUGUACAGGGCAUCUCUGAAACUGGCAGAAACUUCUCUGAAGAGUUUGAGGGCCUAGUAGAGCGGGAGCGCCAAAGCAGGGCUGUGACAUGCUUCAUGACGGAGUUCAAGAGGCUCGGCAGAGACAAGCUUAUUGACUACGACUCCAUGAGAUUUCUCGCCGGUUCUUUGGUCAAAUCUGGAUCAGAUACCACACGGGUCGUCCUGAAUCAGCUUGUGGCAGCAACGGCGCUGUUUCCCGAAGCCGUGGAGCGCGCACGCAAGGAAUUAGACCAUCUUGCUAAGGAGGCACUCCGAUGGAACGUCUCGCUCCCUGAAAUUGCCCACUCGUCAACACAAGACGACAAGUUCGAAGGACACACCAUCCCAGCCGGCACGAAUGUUGUUUGGAACAGCUGGGGUGUGCACAUGAGUUCGUCGGAGUACGAUGAGCCAGACGCCUUCCGGCCGGAGCGUUUCCUCAAUGAUGAUCUGGACAAGGCAAUCAAGGGGCACGUGGUAUUUUGGGGCAGGUCGCCGUAUUUGUCCCGGAUGGGUCAUCGCAAGUAA